UCAUGACAGAUACUCCACUUAGUUUUUAAAGAAUAAAUGUAGACAUGAUAUAAAAAUUCAAAGGUUAAAAUGUGACACUUGUUGGAAAAUUGUUAUAGAAAAAAGGUGAUUACGUUCAAUUUUAAGUAGAUGGAAGUAAAAUAUAUUAAUUAUAUAGCAAUCAUAAAAGUAACAGAGAUUGAACAAGAGACAGAAAGUUCUGAAGAUAUCCUUUUAGAAAUAAGAGGCAAAUUAAAUGAUGAUGGUUAUUUAGAAGCAAAAGAAUAUACAGAAUUAGAACAAACAUUUGAUUUCGAAUUAUAUAAGAAAGUGAUAAAUAUGGUUUAAGGACAAUUUAGAGAUUUGUUUUAUGAGUGAU